AAUCUGACUCAGUUCACCAGUUCAAUUCAAAAUAAUGUUCAGUGUGUUCAAAAGAGGAUUUGCUUCCACAGUAUACAAGCUUGACACACUCGCAUUUGUGGAGUCUGCUGGUGGCAAGAUUUCUCCCAGUUCAUUAUCGUCACUCAAUGCUGCCAACCAAAUAGGCAAGCCAGUAACAGCGGUGGUAUUCGGUCCAGGUGGUGAAUCCAUUGCUGCUGACGUUUCCAAAAUCCCAACCAUCCAAAAAGUCAUACAAGUUAAAGGGGACAAGUACGAACAUUACUUGGCAGAAGAACUAGCUCCCACCCUUAAAGAAAUCAUCCAAUCUUCUAGCUACACUCACUUCUUAACUAGUGCAUCAGCGGUUGGAAAAUCCGUUUUACCAAGACUCGGUGCAUUGAUAGACUCUCAACCCGUUAGUGACAUUCUUAAGGUUGUUGACGAUUCAACGUUUGUCAGACCUAUUUAUGCUGGUAAUGCAUUGGCUACAGUGAAAAGCAAUGAAAGUGUCAUUUUAGCUUCUGUGAGAGCUUCUGCAUUUACACCAGUUGAUGCCACCGGGGGAUCUGCGGCCAUUGAAGAAUUUAGUUCGUCAGCUGAGUCUGGAAGCAGAACUGAAUUUGUUUCCGAAGAAUUGCUCACCUCAGAAAGGCCUGAAUUAGGUUCUGCUACCAGGAUUGUUUCUGGAGGCCGUGGUUUAAAAAACAAAGAAACCUUUGAUGAACUACUCGAGCCUUUGGCUACCAAACUAAAUGCCGCUAUUGGAGCUUCCAGAGCUGCUGUGGACUCUGGUUUCUGUGACAACUCUUUACAAGUUGGACAAACUGGUAAGAUUGUUGCACCCGAAUUGUACAUUGCGGUGGGUAUUUCUGGGGCCAUUCAACAUUUGGCGGGUAUGAAAGAUUCCCAGACCAUCGUUGCCAUCAAUAAAGACCCUGAAUCUGCCAUUUUCAAUGUUGCCGACAUUGGCUUAGUAGGAGAUUUGAACCAAAUUAUCCCCGAAUUAACUGAAAAGUUGUAAGUAACUUUAGUUUCAAGUUUAUAUUGAUCCCCUCCGCUUAAAAUUUCUCGACAGAGUACGUACGAAUUUAAUACACAUUUACAGAUAGUUGUAUCUC